CGAGGAUGAGACGCUGUCCGGUGCGCAUGCCCAAAAUCGCCCCAGAGGGGGCGGGGCCGCGGCUGCGGGAGCGGGAGGCGGGGAAAGAAAAGGGAAUUCCAACCUGUGGAAUCUUGGGGGCCCCCGAGGUCAGCUCCUUUCCAUUGACUAUGGAUGGUGCUAGGGGCUGAGCCUCUGACGAUCCGUGGGGGGCUUUGGGAUCCGCAGUGUGAGAGUGGAGGGGAGUGUCAGUGUGAGUGGGGUUUAGGACUUCCAAACUUGGGAUCUGGAGGCCCUCUGGGCUCAGGUGCCGGGAAGGAGCUGGAACCGCCAUGCGGGACAGGACCCGUGAGCUGAGACAGGGGGAUGACAGUUCGGACGAUGAGGACGAGGAGAGCAUCGCGCUGGUGGUACACCCGGGCACCGCGCGCCUGGGGAACCCGGACGAUGAGUUCUUUCAAAAGGUCCGGACCAUUCGGCAGACCAUUAACAAGCUGGAGAGUAAAGUCCGGGAGUUAGAGAAACAGCAGGUCACCAUCCUGGCCACGCCCCUUCCCGAGGAGAACAUGAAGCAGGACCUGCAGAAUCUGCGUGAAGAGAUCAAACAGCUGGGAAGGGAGAUCCGGUCGCAGCUGAAAGUCAUAGAGCCGCAGAAGGAGGAAGCUGAGGAGAAUUAUAACUCGAUCAACACGAGAAUGAGAAAAACCCAGCAUGGGAUCCUGUCCCAGCAAUUUGUGGAGCUCAUCAACAAGUGCAACACCAUGCAGUCCGAGUACCGAGAAAAGAACGUGGAGCGGAUUCGGAGGCAGCUGAAGAUCACAAAUGCUGGAAUGGUGUCCGAUGAGGAGCUGGAGCAAAUGCUGGACAGCGGGCAGAGUGAGGUGUUUGUGUCCAAUAUACUGAAGGACACUCAGGUGACACGACAGGCACUAAAUGAGAUCUCGACCCGGCACAAUGAAAUCCAGCAGCUUGAACGCAGUAUCCGUGAACUUCAUGAAAUGUUCACUUUCCUGGCUACUGAGGUGGAGAUGCAGGGGGAGAUGAUCAACCGGAUUGAGAAGAACAUCCUGACCUCAGCUGACUACGUGGAACGUGGGCAGGAACAUGUCAAGAAUGCCCUGGAGCACCAGAAGAAGGCUCGGAAGAAGAAACUUAUGAUUGCCAUUUGUCUGUCCAUCACUGCCCUCAUUCUGGUGAUCAUCAUUUCCAUCUCAUUGAUUUGAUACCUUCGCACAUUCUCGGCACUAAGAGCACCGGGGACCCAGGGUCUGCCUUCUCUCCCAGGAGCUGGGGAGGGCAGGACAGAGCCUCCAGCCGGACCCCCAUAUUCGCCCCAUGCACAGGGGCAGACGGUUCUUCUGGGGUUGGCAGCCAUUAAUUCAUGGGGGCCUUCCUGCUUGGGCCACAGUGCCUGGGGGAGGGCAUGCAGUGUCCUGUUUGGCUUGGACACAUGGUUUUGUAAGAAAUUAAAAAAAAAAAGAGAGAGCUUGGAAACUCCCGUGUGUGUGUAUU